UAUCUGAAGCGGUUAUAAAAUAAGGUUAACAACCUUUUCACUGCGUGAAUUUGAUUCUCCAAAAUGGCUCUCACUGCUUUGACACGGUGUCUCUCCUCUCAACUGAGACCGACUCUUCGACUUCGUGUAUUGGAAAAGUGUCGAUCUCUGUCUAAACCUUUGCAUUCAACAUUCACAUUUUCAAGACCGGUGACAAUAAGUGCUGCCUUAAAUAGCGAUAAAAAGUUCAGCAAAGACCAUGAAUGGAUCACAACAGAAGGAGGGAAUGGAACAGUAGGAAUCACACAAUAUGCACAGGAAAAACUUGGUGAUAUUGUGUAUGUGCAGUUGCCAGAAAUUGGAGACAGUUUAGAACAAGAUGGUGAUUUUGGAGCUUUAGAGAGUGUGAAGGCAGCGAGUGAUCUCUUCUCUCCUGUUACUGGUGAUGUCAUAGAGAUCAAUUCAAUACUAGAAUCUACGCCAUCCUUGGUCAAUCAGGAUCCAUUUGGAGAAGGUUGGAUAAUUAAGAUAAAGCUGAGCAACCCAUCAGAGAUUGAUGAUCUCAUGACUGAGGAACAAUACAACAAGUUUGUCGAAGAUUUGGAUGAAUGAUCAUGAAUCAGUUACAGUGCUCCCCAAAUGACCUGUAUCUCUGUGAACUUUGACCUCAGGAAUUUCAUGACAUACGUCCCGAGGAGGGUGCACCACUGAGUCAUUAUAAUUCAGUAUUCUUUCUAAUUACAAAUUACAAUUAAGCUGAUUGUGAAUGAGAUCGAAGGAAGAAUGAAAGAAUGGAAUACAGUUUAGCCCUAGCUAGCUUAGCAAAUGCAGUGGCAUGUAAACAUGCAUUCAGAAUGUACGAGGCAUGAUUGUUGGUGAUAUGAGUGUAUUGAGAAAUGUACCUUGAUCUGCAUGUCUAUGAUUAGCAG